AUGCCUACUCUCGAGGACUCGAAACGAGCGCUCCGAAAACUUAAAGAAGCUGGAAUGCGAAAAUUAAACUUCGCAGGUGGUGAACCAUUCUUGUAUCCCGAGCAACUAGGGAAACUCUUAGAGUUUGCCAAGCAAGAUUUGUGCCUCGAAUCAGUGUCUAUCGUGAGUAACGGGAGCGCCAUCAAAAAGCGAUUCCUUGAACGUCAUAAGGAUAAUUUGGAUAUUCUCGCGAUAUCUUGCGACUCGUUCAAUGAAGAGACCAAUAUCAAAAUUGGCCGUGGGAAAGGACGACAUGUUGAACAAUUGCGGCAGGUGGCCGGAUGGUGUUGUGAGUUCAAUAUCAAGUUUAAAUUGAAUACGGUCGUCAACCGUUACAACUGGCAAGAAGAUAUGAAUUCCGAGAUUUCGUUGUUACGGCCGUUUAGGUGGAAAUGUUUCCAGGUUUUAAUUUUGGAGAAUGAGAACAGUGGGGAAAAUACGUUACGUGAUGCGCAAGAAUUCGUAAUUUCCGAUAAAGAAUUCGAGUCAUUUAUAGAUCGUCAUCGAAGCCAGAAAUGUAUCGUUCCAGAGUCCAACAAACUGAUGAAAGAUUCUUAUUUGAUCCUUGAUGAACAUCUCUGUUUCCUCAACUGCACCACAAAUAAAAAAACACCCAGUCAGUCACUGCUAGAGGUCGAUGUUCAAGUUGCGCUUGAUCAAGCUGGUUGGGAUCAAACUGCGUUCCAUGGGAGGUCAGGUGUGUAUGAGUGGUCAAAAUCGCCCGUUCAAGGUUGCGGCGGAACUUCAAAAUUGGAUUGGUAG